GUUUCCGACUGUGCCUCUAUCAAAAUUCUGCAAGCUGACUCAGGUCGACGAACCUUGCAGCGUUUACACACCAAGGAAGUCAAAGACAGCCUCAGUCAAAAGUGAAUCCUCGUUAUGGCCAACUCUUCUCAUGUAGUUCCAAUGUUGGUUGGCGAUGCUCCCGAUACAGAGAAAGCUAGUGAUUUGCUGCAUUCCAACUUUGGUAUAUACGUCCAGCCUAUAAACUACCCCACCGUACCCCUGGGCCAGGAGAGGCUACGCAUCACCCCCAACACCGGGGCAUACGCAUAAUCUACAGGAGACGGUUGUUAUUUGCACGUGACUACGUCUGGAAUUAGGUUGGUCUGAAAAGAGCAGCUUACUGGGAACGCAUGGCCCUUCCUUGGGCCAGGAUGCACAAAGCGACUCAGGAUGAUACUAUGCGGGCGGAUGUAUUUG